GGCUUUUGGGUUCAAAAAUACAACACUACAUACCUACACUUUUGAACCACACUAAAAAAAGGAAUAAAAAACACAAAAACUACGGAAAAGUUAAGCAUGUGUUUAUGGAGGAAUAUACGUAUAUGAUGCCGUUAUUAGAUCCCGAUAAUAAUGAAAGCCACCGAAAUCUUUGCAACAUACUGAAUGGGAGGAAAGGUAAGGGGGCAUUUGUUUAUACGGUGGACGACAAAAAUUAUAAUUUAGUAAUAGAUGCUUCUCUGGAAUUUGCAAUACGAGACGGAGAAAUUAUCGACGUGUUAAUGUCGCAAGGUACCGAUAAAAUUUUAGUAAAAUUGAAAGAUUUCAAAAAGGUCCCCGUGGAGAUUCGUCCCUAUAAGGGCAACGAAACGUUGUUAAAGGGAGAGGGUGCGACCACUAGAGAAGACGAACGAUUUCAUCACCACGGUAAAUUAACAAUGAGUAUAGCUAAAAUUUUUGAAGACUUGGACAGGAAAGAAGAACAGUGGGAGAAGGAAUUAACACGCCUAAUGCAGCGCAAAAAGCGAUUACCGAUUGAAGGUACGAAGGAGUGGAAUGCAAUGUUGAAAGAUGCCACCGCAAACAUGGACUGGAAAAAGUACGAAAAGCAAGCGAAGAGGAUCGUUCAAUACAUCGAGGAGCCAAUUGUCGAGUAUCAUAUCGGAAUGGAAGUUGAUUUUAAGAAAACCAAAUUUGACGCAAAACUUCUGUUGGAUGAAGGAAAUGAAAUCAUGGCUACGCUACCAACACUCGCCGAAAUUCCAGAAAUAAUAAAUGCGAUGGCAGCUGCAACUUCUCACGAAUACGAGACGAAAUCUGGUGGCGAAGAAGAAAAAAAGACGAUUAGUGGGGUCAAAUUAACGUUGUCCAGUGGGAAGGAGUGCUUUGUACCCGGACAAUUUGUUAAAAGCGAAGACGGAGAAAUUUUUGUUCCAGGACAAACAGUAGAAAAUGAGUUUGGAGUGGAGUACGCGCCAGGUAUUACAAUAUCACUUGGCGAAGAGCCUAUGCUCAUUAGAGGGUUAAUAGUGGGAGAUACUGAUAACAAAAAUCCCAUGUUUGCCCCGAUUGACUGUACGAUAACCGAGUCGGGGCAUUUAUCUUUUACGGUCACUCACGAGGAACGCGUUAAGUAUAAACCACGCAAAGUUCCAGUGCGAAAAGUAAUUAAAACGCUUAACCAAAACCCCGAGGACAAUUACGAGGAAUAUUAUUACGAUGAUGAAGAAUUUUUAGAAGGACUUUCUAAGCCUAAAAAGAAAUUAAGGCGUGUCGUUAAAGUACGUAAAAUUGUCCCUCCAGGGUGCGUAUACAACGUUGAAGAGGCCGACACGUACGAAGAAGAAGAGUAUUCCGAAUAUGAAGAGGUUGACGACGAUGAAGACGUUUCGCCUGCAUUAGAAACAGAUACGGUCCAUACCCUUGACGAAGCAAUUGUAAACGAGGCGAACACCACUGAAACGAUACCAGAAGAGCUCACACUUGAGAAAAUUAUUGAAGAAUACAAAAACUCCGUCGACCCUCGCAUUCAAGUGUAUCAAGAACAACUGGAAGAGGAACGCGCGUGGCUCAAAGCAAUCGACGAAAAAAUUACCGAAUUAAUUGUAAAUAUAGAAACAAAGACCGAAGAAGUUAAAGAAAGACUAGAAGAAUUGCGUAACUUGACGGUGGUAAAAGAAAUCGAUCCCAUAUCAACUGCAUCGAUGGAGGACGCAUUAGACAUCGCAAGACAAAUUACUGACCACCCGAAGGAUGUAAACAUUAUAUCGGAGAUACUCUUGACAAUGUCUCGUCGCGUUCUUACGUUUCCGGAUAAAAAUAGCAUUAACAUUGAGAAUAUAAAUAAUCCUAACAUAAUUAACGACGAUUUUAAUAACGGGCGAAGUAAACUUUACGAGAAAUUAAAAAUAACUUUAAAGACAGCUUUGGUAGCUGCAUAUAAUGUUUUUAAAAAUAGACCGCAGGAUGAAGUGUCGGCGCUAAAAGCAAUAGGUACGGUGUUAACAUUGGCUCUUCAAGAUCAUGAGAAAUUAGUUGGGGAAUUGUGUGGGACAAUGGAGGAUGCAAUGGAUCGCAAUGAGCUCUGCGUUCAGUGCCUAAAAGAGUUAUGUCAAAAACGUCGAAAGAACAAGGUAAAAACAUUGAAAUCUGUCGUAACGGACAACGAAAAGGAAAUCAAAGAUGAACUUAAAGUCGUGGAAAAAUUGAAGGAUGUUUUAGAUAAGGAGGGGGAUCUUAUAGGGCCCGCGUUUAAGAAAAUUGCUAAGAAUAACGUUAAUUUAAUAAAGAAGGUUAUUGAAUGUGUUAAACCGGAGGCAAACUUUGCAAAAACAGAAACUAGCGCCACGACGGCCUUAGAAGACGCCGUAGUGAGAGCUGUUAAAGAAGCAACUGAUGAUAAUCUCAACGAAUUCAUCAAAAUCUCUGAACAGAAUGACAUUCGAGAUUUUAUCGGGGAAGCCGUCAGCUUUGCACAAGUGCUAAGUUUAGACGCCUUGGUCCACGAUUUGUCGAAACUGCCACUAAAUUCUAAAUCCAUGAUUACGAACGGUAGGGCUUGCCUGUCGUUUCUAAAACGAAUAAUUCUGAUUAGGAAUUUAGCUAAAUACGAUCACGGACAAACUGCUGCGUUAAAGGAACUGAAGAAAAAUCCGGAGUUUGGUAAAAAGAACCCAAGAAUACGGCAAUUAAUACGGGAAAGUGCUGCGCUGGUGUCCAACGCUAGCCUUUUGAAAAGCUCUAACCAGAUACCCGUCAAACUCAUCGAAGGCAAUAAUCCCGUCGCCCUUGAAGAUUAUUUAAUCCAGAAAUGUCGAAUUGCGUUUCCGGUAAUGGUUAGUAGAAACGGACGACAGAUCAUCCUCCCGGAAGAACUUUCAAGCGAUGUGUUGGAGGGAAGAAUACCGUACAUAUUAGUUGACGAAGACGGUAUUAGCAACAUGAAAGCGUUGCAGAAGUUUAAUAACGGAAAGUUUCCCAGCAAGGAAGAUAGUUACUCGUCGCCUGGCGAUAAAAGUAAAAAUCAGAAAUGGGCGGAAGUACCUAAAUUAGGAAAAGUUGACAUGAGAGAAGCUCCCAUUAUCAUGGGCUCGCCGCCGCAACCGCCACCACCUAUUCAACAGGAACCGGAACCUCAACCCGAACUGCAACCUCAACCAGAAAUGGAACCCGUGCCAGAUCCUGACCCAGAACCACCGUUUUUGGGAAUUCCGAUCACUUCUGCUGAGGUUUCUCCAGUUGACAGUACAAUUACUAAUUUACCAGUAUUGGCCUAUACAAAGGGCAUACACGUUGUGUACCCUAUAGAGGCGAGAAGAGACGUUUUGGCCGGAAGAGUAGCUUAUCUCUAUGUCGAUGAGAUGAGCUCCUCGAUAUUUCAACCAAAACACAUAUUCAAUGCUUUAAAAAUGAACAAAGAUGAAAAAACUAAGUACGAAGAUUACUCGUGUAUUGGUGGGCGUCAGCGAACAUUAGGUCGAUCAACUUGCCGAAAAAUACGAAUUUGCAUCGAUGAGAAAAAUCAACGAGUUAUGAGCUCCUUUUCAAGGGGUUCUAGGGGGGCGCGAGCCUAACAAUAUGCGAGAAGAAGAGCUCGAGGUAGCCCUCAA